GAGUCACGUGGCGCCGCAUGCGCAGAUGGGACGGGAAGUGGCGGGUCGCUCCGCGCCUUUUCCGGUGCUACCGAGAUCGGGCUAGAGCGGAGCGGACAGGACAGGACUGGAGAGGAUACGAUAGGAGAGGCCGGCUUGACUUACUCACUUCUCAGAGGGAGCAAGCCUGAGUCAAUGACCUCUGCCGGGAGUGUGGAGCCGGUGCUGUAGUUUGGCGACAGGAGAGGUUCAGACACUCACCGACAGCUGCUGCGAGGAAUUACCGAGCUGAGUGAUCCCAGAACGGGCGACCGGGAACCCUUCAGUCCGACUGCGGCCUUUGCCCCCGCUCCAGGCCAGGCCCACUCGGUCGGCCAGCUCCACCCGCCUCUCGCUGCCGUGGUCUCUUAUGUACUUUCUAGAAGAUGGGAAAGGUCCUGUCGAAGAUAUUCGGGAACAAGGAGAUGCGUAUAUUGAUGCUUGGACUUGACGCCGCCGGUAAGACCACGAUCCUGUACAAAUUGAAACUGGGUCAGUCAGUCACCACCAUCCCCACUGUGGGCUUCAAUGUGGAGACAGUGACUUACAAGAACGUCAAAUUCAAUGUUUGGGACGUGGGAGGUCAGGAUAAAAUCCGGCCUCUGUGGCGGCACUACUACACCGGGACCCAGGGAUUAAUAUUUGUGGUAGACUGUGCCGACAGGGAUCGGAUAGACGAGGCUAGGCAAGAGCUCUUACGCAUCAUCAACGAUCGGGAGAUGAGAGAAGCCAUCAUUCUGAUAUUUGCAAAUAAGCAAGAUUUACCCGAUGCCAUGAAGCCGCACGAAAUUCAAGAGAAAUUGGGUUUGACCCGCAUCCGGGAUAGAAAUUGGUAUGUGCAGCCGUCCUGUGCCACUUCAGGAGAUGGACUGUUUGAAGGUCUUACGUGGCUAACAUCCAAUUACAAAUCUAAAUGAGCAUCCAAAACUGUUUUAGACAAAAAGAAACAAUUGCCUCGGAAAAUCAACCGAAAGUAAUUUUGACCCUUUACUAAUCUUUUUUGCAUUUCUCUGGCAUUUAGUUUGGCUUUGCUUUAGAAAGUUUCAUAUAAAUGCGCUGAACUAAUCUUGAGCGAGAACUAAAUGUUAAGUAUUUUGAAAGGUCUUUUUUGAAACUAUUUGCCAUUAUUUGAAUAACUUCCUUUCUGUAUUCGAUUUGGACUUUUCAACACUUUUAACUCAGUUUCGAGUUCUUCCUUUUUAAUGCCUUGCUGUAGAUCGCUGCUUUUACGUUCAUGGAAAAUUAUGAUGUUGGGUCUAUUUCAAUUAGUAAACUUGAAAGUUUAUUUGAACAAAUUUAGUCACUGUAUAAUUAUUUGACUUUUUUUUGACUCAUCAGAAACAAUAUAUUUGGGAGGCCUGUCAUUUCUAAACUUGACUGGUGGGGUUUUUUGUGGAGUCAGUUGAAAUGUUUCAUUUUGAUUAUGUGUAGGGUGUGUCCAUAUGAAACGGAUGCUUUUUUUGCCUGUAUUUUUUCCCCUAACUGCUGCAAUUCAGUCUUAACCAAACUGUUACUGUUGAGAAAAUGUUUACAAGUCAGUAUCCAUGAAUAUUGGGAAAAAAUCUUGUGUGCCAAGUGCUUGUGUAAUCAACUUAUGCUCUAAAUGCUCUAGCACACGAACUUUAGCAUUUACAUCAUCGUUCAUGUGUUACAACCACUGUUGGCUAAGAUAAUGCACACCCAAAAUUAAUUUGCAUUCCUUCCUCUCUGAAGGAAAAAGAGAUAAAGGGUGGGUAAAAUGAAAUUAACUAUUUGGUCAUGUGGAGGGAUAAAUACUGACAUGGAUUAAUUGAACCAAGUGACCUGUUCCUGUUAUAACUUACAUGUGUUACUAUAUGAUUCUGAUUCCAAUUUAGUGAUUUUGUUUUUCUCCCACCCUCCUAAAAAUGACUGGUUUCUGAUGCCAGACAGAAUUAAUUUGGGUCAAGGUUAAAAAUCAGCAGGACGAACAAUGCUGUAUAUUAAAAUAAAGCAAUAUGCCAAACCUCAGGUAGCAUGGAAAAACAAAUUCUAAGUUUGUGUUUGGGGCUGGUGGUCCUGAAUGCCAAAGCUGACAUUUAGUGCAUUCUUGCUUAUGUUUGAAAAUUAGCAUAUUUAAAUUCACUGCAGUCUUUUACUGUUUCAUAGCAAACUGAAUAGUUCAGUUGAUAGGUUCUUAGCAUUUUUGAGUGCUGACAUGCAACUUCCUGCGUCUGUGGCUUCUCUCAGAAUAGAGAAUAAAGGUCUUGGAGAGGUAAGGCCAGCUUUACAUCUGAUACAAAAUAGUCACGUGUGCAAAUUUUGAAGGUUCAAUAUUUUGGAAAAAGUAAAAUCUACACACAAAUCAUUGGUCUUAAAAUACCAUUGCCCAAAAUUUAGUUUUUUAUUAAGAUGUAUUAGUAGCUUUUACAGUUAAUUAUAAGUGCUAAUUUUAAAAUUAUAAUCUUAACUAGUUUCUUAAAUCUAUUAUCUAAAUAUACUUUGCUAUGUAGAAUAUAUUUUAAGAUGUCUAUUUGGAAAAGAAGAUCAUUGUGCACUUCCCAAAUACUGGCUAGAAGCUCAAACCUCAAGUUUUUAGGUGAUUUCGGGUAGCCAGGUCAUUUUAAUUUGCAUUAGAUUGUAGUUGAGCUAAUAGCAUUCAAUGCUGGUUGAAUGUUCUAAUAUUUGGGUGGGUUAUUAAUCUGACUUCAUAGAGAUCUUUAAUUUUGUAUUAAAAAUAAAUCCAUUCAGUUGAACGGUGAAUUAGUAAUUGAAGUUAUAGUUUAAAAAGUAUGAAAUGAGCUUCAAGUAACUUGCACUACAACCUGGACGAGAUUUUUCUGGCUCUAUUCUGAGAAUAGUUAUUCAAAUGGUACAAUAAACCACUAAACCCAGUAUGUGUUAGCAAAGACUCCAUAUCUAAUGAAUGUGGAUGCUAAAUUAUCCAAAGGGGAGAAAUACUUUGUUUUGAAAAUCUAUAACUAAAAUGUCUGUUACAUUAACUUCAUACUAAUUGCUGCCGCAUUGGGGGAAAUUAUUGCAAAUUCAUGAGACAUCAAAUUAAGAAGGCUGGAAUAGUAAUAUUAAAGCUUUGUCUUUUUACCUCUAAGACUUAAAUGUUAUGGAAGUGUCCUUUUUCAGGCUGGCAAGUUUCUAAGUGAAUUGUACAGUGAUAAGGUGGUUUGAAGCAUAAAAUAACCAUAAUUUGAUAAAUUUGCAGCCCUGACAUGAUGUGGAAAAUGGAUGAACAAAGAAUCCGUGCCUAAUAAAUUAUGAGAAUAAUGAAAGAUAAGGGUAGGUGGGGAGGGUAUGUGCUUGUAUAGAUGAAGACAAUUAUAUUGCAAUUUUGUUCAAAAUAUUGAAAAUUAUUGUUGAAAAAUCUACUUAGAUUGUUUAUCGUUCUCUACUUUUUUAAAAAAAAAAUUGGACUUUGUUCAAAGUACAGGACAGACAAAAUGUGCCUGUAGAAAGGUACUAAAAUAAACUUGAUCCUCCUCCAA